AUGGGCUCCAUUGCUAUCGACCAGGGACUCCCUCAGCUCACAGCUCUUGAGCGUAUUGGGCCCAAAGGAUAUUUAAGAUACAUAUUCCCUUUCCAGCUAAAAGAGAACUAUGACAUGACUGAAGUUACUCGCGUCCUCCAAGCUGGAUAUGAUGCUCUCUGUGCAAGAUUGCCCGAGGUCGCAUGCGAAGCCGUUCCCGAUACUGAAUCCAAGCAAGCUGGAGUUUUGAAAUACGUUAAGCGAUAUGAUGGCGAAAAGGCAUUCAUCAGCAAGGAUCUCCGUGGUUCAUACGUACCAACAUACGCAGAGUUGAAAGAAAGGCAUUUUCCCGUCGCUUCCUUUGAUGCUGACAUCUUUUGUUGUCGCGACAUCUGGCCUCAACCUGGUGACCGGCUGCCAAUUGCACAGGUCCAGGCCAAUUUUAUUCGCGGUGGUCUUAUUCUCAAUUGGAGCAUCCUGCAUUUGGCAGGCGAUGGCACAUCCUUCUGUGUCUGGACAAAGAUCUGGGCAGAGGGUUGCCGACGCGCACAAGGGGACUACACAAGCCCUCUUAAUCUUCCAGAGGCCAUCUGGACAGGCCGUGAGCAGGUCAUGAAGCCCUCUGGCCGCAACCAAGGCAGACUUGAGAAUCAUCCUGAAUUUACACUUCUGCCUUUCACGCCCCCUGGAAUGCCGCCUAAAAUGACUUCUACCAACCAUCGUGGCCAGAUCUACUACUUCUCUCCAGAGUCUCUCGCUGCACUAAAAGCUGAUGCUUCUCCGGCCAAUGCUACUCAGCCAACCGAUCAGAAGUGGAUUUCGACCAACGACGCUCUCUCGGCUUUACUCUGGCGUACCGUCAUGGCAGUGCAGCAUCCCAUCGAGGAAUUGCAAGGUGAACCUGUCUCUGUUUUCAACAUUGCCUUGGACGGUCGCCUGCGUACUAGUCCUCGCAUUCACCCCAGUACCCUAGGCUGCUUUCUAGAGUGGUUUGCGCCUUCGGUAUCUAUUCGUGAAAUGCUCGACUCGCUCAACAUCGCUGAUUUGGCUGUGUUAAUUCGCAAGACCCUUAAUCGCGUCGAUGAUCAAUUCACUGAUGAUCUAGUAACCUUGGUGGACUCUAUUAACGAUGUCGAUCGUUUUGUCGCUACUGCUUUCCUCGAUGUUCCGGGUAACAACUGCUGCCAGAGUUCAUGGCUGGGCUUUGAGCUGUAUGGUAUUGAGUGGGGGCCUAUCUUGGGCAAUAAAAUCGAGGCGGUGCGACUUCCCCAUGUUGGUGUCAUUAAUGGCGCUCAACUUGUUCUCCCACAGCUGCCUAAUGGUGGUAUGGAGGUUCUCGUUGGAGUGGAGUCAAACUGCUUGGACAGACUGUUGAGCGAUCCUUUGCUCAACAAGUAUGGUGUUGCUUGGUAG